GCGGCGCUUGAGUGUCGCUCCCUUCUUGAAGGCGUUGCUGUUGAAGAACCUCGUCGUCCAUGUAAUGUCAUGAGAUAGUUGGUGCGGAUAUGGUCAUUGCUGUAGUUUGCCGACCACAUAUCUGAUCGCUUUUGGGUUUUUUUUUCUUUUUUCUCGCCUACACAUAGCUUUGGUCUUAUAUGACUUUGCUAUUUGCCAGCAUGUUUUCGCGUUUGUGUUGGCUGUGUGCAUCCUAGCUAUGCAGAGGCCGGGUGUGUGCUCAUUGUGUUAUGUAUCUUCUUGAUGCUUCAUUUUGAGCAAAUAAAAUCCACCCUUUAUCGAAAAAAAAUAUGCAUGAGUAUAAUUGCAUUUCACAAACAAAAAAGGUUCGGCAUAAUUGCAGCGAACUUAAAUAUGUUUGGACCGCACUUAUCAACUCUUCAAAUAGAAUGGAGGAUGUGGUGGCAAACAAAAAAAAUGUCAUCUCAAAACAUUCUUCCUCCAUCCGAAAAUUUUUGGCCCUCAAAUAAAUGUAUCUAGCAUCAAGUUAGUGUGAGAUACAUCUAUUUGAGAGACAAGUUUGGGACAAGCUUUCUCGGACGUAGGGAGUACCAGCUAUCUUUGUUGACACUCGGGAGAUAUUAGUUCGCACAUCUUGGAUGAACCUGAGAGUAGUUACUUCAGCUUACAAAUAGCCUCCUCAAAUUAGCUUCUCCGUUUAUUUAUUGAUAAAGGAAUUGGAAAUCUUUUGCACCGGCGUGUAGAAGUAGAACUGAACAUGCCUCCUCGUUUGUUAAGCCGGAGUUUUAAGUGUGUCUCUGCCUUGCGUCACCAUCAAUCAAACGCUCGUGGCUUGUCUACUAGCUAUCUUGCUGGUCAAGCGAAUCCGAUGCAAUUUACUACUCGAUCCUGGAUAUAUUAUUGUUUCCUUGAAACCCGCUGUACGAACGUCCAAAAACUUCACCAGAAGCUGAUAGAGACACUACGCGUCAAAUGAACCUCACCAGACAAAUUAUGUCAGCUGAUAGUUACAAGCUAUCGGCAAAGACCAAUUUGCGUUAUAAAUAUCAGGCCAUGCGCGCGGCAACAGACAUCCAACACAAAACCAAACAAAUUUUACACAAGAAAUGGAGAGCACUCAGAGCAGCAAGAGCAACAGCGUGAGGAACCAUUUCAUCCUGGUUCACGGCCUCUGCCACGGGGCGUGGUGCUGGUACAAGGUGAUCGUGGCGCUCGAGGCCGCGGGGCACCGCGUCACGGCGGUUGACCUCGCCGCGUCCGGCGCCCACCCAGCGCGCAUCGACGAGGUGCACUCGUUCGAAGAGUACUCUCGGCCGCUGCUCGACGCGGUGGCCGCGGCUCCUGAAGGUGGCAGCGAGAGGCUGGUCCUGGUCGGGCACAGCCACGGCGGCCUCAGCAUCGCGCUAACAAUGGAGAGGUUCCCCGGCAAGGUCGCCACGGCCGUGUUCGUGGCAGCCGCGAUGCCGUGCGUUGGCAAGCACAUGGGCGUCACAACCGAGGAGUUCAUCAGAAGAACAUCAUCGGAAGGACUACUCAUGGACUGCGAGAUGCUGGCAAUCAACAACAACCAGGGUGUAGGCGUUGCAAUCAUAAUGGGGCCAAACUUCUUAGCUCACAAGGGUUACCAACAAAGUCCACCUGAGGAUUUGGCCCUCGCACAAAUGUUGGUGAGGCCUGGAAACCAGUUCGUGUAUGAUCCAGUGAUGAAGGACGCAGGGCUGCUCACCAAAGGCAACUAUGGGUCGGUGAAGAAGCUAUACGUGGUUGCCAAGGCGGAUGUCUCCAGCACCGAGGAGAUGCAACGCUGGAUGGUGGUUCUGAGCCCUGGCACGGAAGUCGAGGAGAUCGCAGGAGCUGACCACGCCAUCAUGAUCUCCAAGCCCAAGGAGCUAUGUGAUGUCCUAGUCAAGAUAGCGAAUAGCUUAAAUAUUUACUAAAUUGGAACAAAAAUGACUUUAUUUGAAAUAAAUUCAUGUAUCAUGUGUGUAAAUCUCUAGAGAUGUAUGUAUGAUAUAAAUUU